CCUACCCCUAAGCCCUUAUUUCUGCUCUUGGAAGUCAAGAUAGUAUCUUAUUAGGACCUUGCCUUGUCCAAUAUGGUAAACACGCGAGGUUCAGGUCCCUCGUCUGACGAUCACGUCUCUUCUGAGCUUCCUGCGUCUCCUGCCCUCAAGGUCGAGGACGAUGCUUCCUUGAAGGCGUCUCACCCGCGCGAGGAGGACGAGGAUGGCUCCCUUUCCCCUCGAGCUUCGAAGAAGCGGCGCAUCGAGCCCGAGUCGGAAGGGCUUCUUCUCCUACCAACUCAAACGACCGAACUGACCGAUCAAGUCCCUGGACAUCAGAUCGAAGAAGAAUUAGUAUCCGCGCUCGGUUCUGGGAUUGUCGAUACUGUGGAACGCCAGAAUGCCGGGCCGACUCAGACGGUCAGCUCCGCGGGAGAUCCCGCGGCGCCGGAGACAAACCCGGAGCUUGAUGAUAUGGCGUCUGUCAUCUCUAGUAUCAUGAACCAUGCUGAACGGGUCGAGGAACAAUGCGCUAUGGGCCAGCAACAAUUAACUACUGCGACAACGACACCGGCUACCCCGGCGGAUCAGCCGGCGCCUAAGGGUCUAGUUUAUGUGAAGGCAAACUCGCACUUGAAGAUUCAGAGCUUGCCUAUAUUGGACAAUCUGUCUACCCAAAUUCUCUCUCUUCUGGCCAAAUCCACUUAUCAGGACAUUACCUCGUUUGUGGCUGAGCCGGAGUCAGAAAACGGACAAGCUUAUGCGACCAUGAGAUCCCUCUUUGAUCAUACGAAGAAAGUGUAUUCCUCCAAGGAAUCUUUCCUGUCACCGACCGAACUUGGUCUCACGGAACCUUCACAAGUUGACAUCAUCAGAAAAGCAAACCUGGCCUCAUUUGUUUCAAGCAUCUUUGGCACACAAGAAAUCGGAUUUGCUGAGCUGAAUGAGCAUUUUCUGGAUGUUUUCGUCCCGGAAGGGGGCCGCCUGUUGAAAGUACAAGGGGCUCUGUUUCUGGAGCUCAAGACCCAAGCGUUCAUAGCCUCCAUGAACAACACUGAGAGAACAAGGACCGAGUUGCUGUAUGACCUGUUUCCAGAUGACCUGGAGCAGCGGUUGCUUGACCGACGGCCAGGAACUCGUCAGCUAGCACCUAGUGAGGCUGAUUUCGUGAAACGUGCCGGCUCACGUCGGGAUAUUCUUUUGAACGAUAUCAACAACGAAGAAGCGAUGAAAGCUUUGCCCGAUAAGUACCACUGGGAAGAUUUUCUCCGAGACCUCAGCUCGUACAUUACGAAGAACUUUGAUGCUAUCUGCCAUCAACAGACGAAGAAAUUGAAUAAGGGAAGACAGCCAUCUUCAUCGAGUGGCGAAUCACAAGAUACGCCCAGUGCACCCCUCCAGGGCCAAUUCCCUGUUGCUUCGCAAGCGCCUGAAGUUCCGGUUGACAAGAAUAUGCAUGGUGACCUAGUAGCCCGUGCGGCACGUGCGGCCCAGAUCGCCUUGCAGGGCCAUGGAUUAAGACGUUCUCAACAACAGCAGUCCCAACAGCAGCAGUCCCAGCAACAGCAACAGCAACAGCAACAGCAACAGCAACAGCAGCCCAGUCAGCCACAGCAACCAGGACAACCCCAGCAACAGCAACAGCAACAGCAUCAAAACCAUAUUCAGCAGGCUCAGCAGCAACCCCAGCACCACCUACAGCAACAGCAAAUGCCACAGCAGAGUUCUCAACAUGGGGCCCAGCCACCUCAUGGGUAUACUGCUGCUCAGCCCACAGGCCAGCUGCCACCUCAGCAAAACCCACAUCAACAGCACUACCAGCAUAGUCCAACCCCGCCGGGGUAUCAGCAGCAGCCCGGGCAGCUCACAUUCCAGCAAAGCCCUCUGCAAGCAAACUUUCAACAAUAUAACCCUGGGGUACUCUAUGAGCGCGCUCGCAUGGCGGCUUCGGCGAAAUCUUCUCCAAGCAGUCGCAAAUCCGGCCUACCAAGCCAGCGCCGCCCCUGGACUACCGAAGAAGAAAACGCUUUGAUGGCUGGACUGGAUCGCGUAAAGGGGCCACACUGGAGUCAAAUUCUUGCGAUCGAAGCCUUGAAGGAUCGGAAUCAGGUGCAGCUGAAAGACAAGGCGCGCAACUUGAAACUCUUUUUCCUCAAGAGCGGUAUCGAAGUUCCUUACUACCUGAAGUUCGUUACCGGUGAACUCAAGACGCGCGCUCCUGCGCAGGCCGCUAAACGUGAAGCACGGGAGAGGCAGAAGAAGCAAGGCGAAGAAGAUAAGGCUCAUGUGGAAGGUAUCAAAGGCAUGAUGGCCCUUGCUGGCGCACACUCGCAGCCCGUUCCGCUCGGACACGGGCACGAAGCAAUGUCUGCUUCUCCCGGCCUUCCAGAUACUGGCAGCCAUUCUACAUUCGAUCAGACCGCGGAGCAGAACCUGAUGCAGACACUGGGCCAGGAAGUCCAUGGGGCUCAAUUUGGCCAACCUCAACAUCAACAAGGAAACGUCGAUCCCAACAUGCACAUGGGACAGUAAAAACUGGUCGUUCUUUCUAAAGUUUUCUUUUCUCCGGCCUGCCCCAGGGAUCGAUCUGAAGUCGCUGUGGGUUUUACCAUCCGAAUGGCGAUAUGUCUUUUCACUUCUGGUGAAGGAUGCUGCUUGCUGCGUUGUGUAAUAACAUGGUUUGGGUCUGGUUUGGUCUGUAAGAGUAGAAUUCAGGCAUCUAUUCGUACAUAUGUAAAAUGACUCUGUAUUUAUAAUGAAUACCAUUUUCAGUUGAG